AUGUGGAGAGGGCCAUGGUAUGUACCAGAACUCAGAUUCAUGGAUCUGACCAACAAUAGCCUCACGGGUAUAAUCCCUCCUUCUGUUGGAAAUGCCACAAAAAUGAUGAACUUCAUUUUGUCUGGGAAUAGAGUAACCGGCAACAUUCCAAAGGAGGUCGGUAAUCUGAGCCAGCUUGCAUUUUUGUCCUUGUUAGAUAAUCAAUUAACAGGUUUCAUUCCCGCAAAACUGUUUAAUAUGUCGUCACUACUUGCCGUAUCUCUGUCAUCCAAUAGCCUUUCUGGUCCUCUCUUGCUAGAUGAAGGGAUUAUUGUAUCGAAUCUGAAGUUUUUAAGUAUAACUGACAAUCAAAUUUCUGGUUGCAUUCCUUCCAACAUAUGCCAACUCACAGAGCUGGAAGUUUUGUCCAUAUCUUUCAACAAUAUAACUGGAGAAAUACCCAGAAAUAUUGGUUGUUUAUCCAAACUCGAGCAGUUUCUUAUUGGUCAGAAUCCAAUAAAAGGGACUAUUCCCACUUCAUUGGGAAAUAUUUCCACUCUGCAAUAUCUUUAUUGUGGAAACAAUCGCAUAAUGGGGCAAAUUCCUCUGGAAUUAGGGACGCUAUCAAAUUUGAGGCAAUUAAGCUUUGACAAUAAUUAUAAUCUUAUUGGCCAAAUUCCAGAGGCUAUUUUCAACUUAUCUUCUUUGGAAAUAAUUGAUUUCAGUUUCAACAACCUCUCAGGGAGAAUUCCAACCACUACAGGUCUUCAUCUUCCGAACCUUGAAGGACUUUACUUGGCAGUCAAUCAGAUCAAAGGGGAAAUUCCAUUGUUCAUAACAAAUGCUUCCAAGCUUGAGCAACUGGAGCUACAUAACAACUUUCUGACAGGAACUAUUCCUAACAAUUUGGGGAAUCUUCGUGAUCUGCGAGUACUAUUCCUACAUUCUAAUCAACUUACUAAUGAACCAAGAGAGCGUGAGUUGUUAUUCUUCAAUUAUUUAGCGGACUGUACAAUGUUGCAAUAUCUGCAAGUGGGUUCAAAUCUGUUGAAUGGCGUUCUGCCCAAUUCUAUUGGGAAUCUUUCAUCUACUGUCAAAAACUUUGAAAUAGGAGAUACACACAUCAAUGGCCUCAUCCCCACAAGUAUAGGAAACAUGAGCGGUCUUACAGCCCUAAGCCUUAGAGGAAACAACUUGGUGGGAAGUAUUCCUUCUGAGAUUGGUGAGCUUAAACAACUCCAAGGGCUGUUGUUAUCUAACAAUAAAUUGCACGGUCCUGAGGCGGUAUGUCAUUUAUCUAAUUUGGUUCAAUUAAAUCUGUAUGGUAAUGAGCUCUCUGGUUUAAUUCCAGAAUGCUUAGGAAAUCUUAGCAUGCUACAACUGCUUUCUUUGGGUUCUAAUAAAUUUUCAUCAAAAUUUCCGUUGAACCUUUUGAAAAUAAGUGGUCUUCUCUCUCUAGACGUGUCACGAAAUUCAAUGGAGGGAGAAGUUCCAUCAGAUAUUGGAGGACUGAAAGCCAUUGUAGAACUAUAUCUUUCCGGUAACCACUUUUCAGGAAUGAUACCAAGCACAUUCGGGGAACUCCAAAACCUGCAGUAUCUUGACCUGUCGAACAAUUCAUUUUUUGGCAAAAUUCCAUUAUCAUUUCCCAACUUGAUAAGCUUGGAAUUCUUGGAUUUGUCUUUAAAUGCAUUAUCAGGUACUAUUCCUAAGUCUUUGGAAAAACUCUCCUACCUUAAAAGCAUUAAUGUUUCAUUUAAUGAUUUAGAAGGUGAAAUACCUAGUGGUGGCGUGUUUGCAAAUUCCACUCUGCAAUCAUUUCUUGGGAACAAAGGUUUAUGUGGAAUGCACAUAUUGGAGAUUCUUGAUUGUGCUAUCACUAAUCCUGGAAAACAAUCAAAGUUUAAGGAGGUUCUGCUAAAAAUUGUUACUCCACUGGUUAUAUCAUCCUUUCUGAUGUUCUUCUUAGUUUCAAUUUGGAUAAUGAAACGACAGAAGAAAGGAAAGUUCAAAGAUGUGGAAAAGGUACCGGAGAUCACGACUCAUCAAUUAGUUUCUUAUCAUGAGAUUCGACGUGCAACAAAUAAUUUUGAUGAAUCCAAUUUAAUUGGAGAGGGAAGCUCUGGCUCUGUGUACAAAGGCACAUUGUUUGGUGGAACUGCAGUGGCCAUUAAGGUUCUGGAUUUGGAAAAUGAGCAAGUAUGCAAGAGGUUUGAUACUGAAUGUGAAGUUAUGAGAAAUGUUAGACACAGAAAUCUUGUUCCGGUGAUUACUACUUGUUCUAGUGACUAUAUAAGAGCCUUUGUUCUGCAAUUUAUGCCCAAUGGAAGUCUGGAGAAUUGGCUGUACAAAGAAGAUCGCCACUUGAACCUUCAUCAAAGAGUGUCUGUAAUGCUUGAUACAGCUAUGAACAACAGCUUCCACAGUGGCAUCCCUUAUGGACUUGGCCAGGAAAUGUGGAGAGGCCCAUGGUAUGUACCCGAACUAAGAGUCUUAAAUCUCGGGAACAAUAGCCUCACGGGUAUAAUCCCUCCUUAUGUUGGAAAUGCCACAAAAUUGAUGAACAUCAAUUUGUCUGGGAAUAGAAGCAAUGGUAACAUUCCAAUGGAGAUCAGUAAUCUUAGCCAACUUGCAUUUUUGUCCUUGUUUGAUAAUCAAUUAACAGGUUCCAUUCCUCCAACACUGUUGAAUAUCUCGUUGCUACUUGGCAUAUCUCUGUCAUUCAAUUGCCUUUCUGGUCCUCUCUUGGUAGAUGAAGGGAAUAUUGUGUCAAAUUUGAAGCAUUUAAGUAUGUCUAACAACCAAAUUUCGGGUUGCAUUCCUUCCAACAUAUGCCAACUCACGGAGCUCAAACUUUUGUCCAUAUCUUUCAACAGUAUAACUGGAGACAUACCUAGAACUAUUGGUUGUUUGUCCAAACUCGAAAGGUUUUAUAUUGGUGAAAAUCCAAUAGAAGGGACUAUUCCCACUUCAUUGGGAAAUAUUUCUACUCUGCAAUAUCUUGAUUGUGUCGACAAUUGGAUGAAGGGGCAAAUUCCUCAAGAAUUAGGGAAGCUAUCAAAUUUGAGGGAAUUAGGCUUUGACAAUAAUUCUAAUCUAAUUGGUGAAAUUCCAGAGGCUAUUUUCAACAUAUCUUCUUUGGAAUUAAUCAAUUUCAGUUUCAAUAACCUCUCAGGGAGAAUUCCAACCACUACAGGAAUGAUACCAAGCACAUCCGGGGAACUCCAAAACCUGCAGUCUCUUGACCUAUCGAACAAUUCAUUUUUUGGCAAAAUUCCAUUAUCCUUUGCCAACUUGAUAAGCUUAAAAGACUUGGAUUUGUCUUUAAAUGUGUUGUCAGGUAAUGAUUUAGAAGGUGAAAUACCGAGUGGUGGCGUGUUUGCAAAUUCCACUUUGCAGUCAUUUCCCGGGAAUAAAGGUCUCUGCGGAAUGCACAUAUUGGAGAUUCCUUCUUUUGCUAUCACAAAUCCUGGAAAACAAUCAAAGGUUAAGGAGGUUGUGCUAAAAAUUGUUACUCCAGUGGUUACUACAUCCUUUCUGAUAUUCUUGUUCGUUUCAAUUUGGAUAAUGAAACGACAGAAGAAAGGACAGUCCAAAGAUGUUGAAAAGGUACUGGAGAUUAUGAUUCACCAAUUAGUUUCUUAUCAUGAGAUUCAACGAGCAACAAAUAAUUUUGAUGAAUCCAAUUUAAUUGGUGAGGGAAGCUCUAGCUCUGUGUACAAAGGCAUUUUAUCUAGUGGAACUGCAGUGGCCAUAAAGGUUUUGGGUUUGGAAAAUGAGCAAGUAUGCAAGAGGUUUGAUACCGAAUGUGAAGUGAUGAGAAAUGUUAGACACAGAAAUCUUGUUCCAGUGAUUACUACAUGUUCUAGUGACUAUAUAAGAGCCUUUGUUCUACAAUUUAUGCCCAAUGGAAGACUAGAAAAUUGGCUGUACAAAGAAGAUCGCCACUUGAACCUUCAUCAAAGGGUCACUGUAAUGCUUGAUGCAGCUAUGGCAGUUGAAUAUCUACAUCAUGAUCAUGUCACUCCAAUAGUUCAUUGCGACCUAAAGCCAGCCAAUGUUCUUUUGGAUGAAGAUAUGGUGGCUCAUGUUGGUGAUUUUGGAAUCUCUAAAAUUUUAGCCAUAAGCAAGUUCAUGGCUUAUACCGAGGCACUCUUGGAUACAUUGCACCAGGUAUAA